UCAGGUCAAUUGAUCGAUUUAAUUUUGUUGUUAAAUUAUCAAGAUACUGAGAGAAUUUAGUUUGUUACCUUAGUUACUAUUUUGAUGUUUUCUUGUGAAAACAUAUCCGAGGGAGAAAUAUGAGUCGAAUAUGAAUUACUCGAUCAAGAUUAGAAUCAUAAUUCACAAUUAGUUUUGUUUAUCUUGAAUCGAGGAUAAACUUUUGUUAAUUAGUUAAUUUGACCAUUUAAAAUGUUUCAAUUUUUCAAAUGUUUCCUUUUUUGUUAACUCAAUAUAACUGGAUCAACGGCGAAAUCCAGCUUACCGACCACCUCAGCGAUUAUCCCGAUUACGAGUGAAACAAAAAUCUAAAACAAUUAAAUCGACAAUGAGUAUGGGAGAUUUUGAGACGACACUCGAUUCAUCGGCUCGAGAAUCAUUGGCAUCGUCAACCCUUCCAAUUGGAAUCAGUGAUUCAACCAGACAUGUAACAAUUAACCCCUCACAACGACAUCACCAUCACCAAAAUCAUCAUCACAAUCAACAGGCACAUCAAUCAUCCUCUCGUGUCAAUCAGUCCGUUGAGUCGCGUCGACAUCCGGUUACAUUGCAUCUUAAUUCAUCUAAUGGCUCUUACCCUUCUGAAUUGGCCUCACUUCUUCGUCAUAUUGUUGAACAUUCAGGAUCACGACGAGCGGACGUGCUUCGAGAUCUUCGUAAGUUAUUGAAAAAAAGUGGAGGUCAAUUGCCGGACGUUGAUCGAAUGCAGUUUUUUGAAGCUUUUUAUCCAAUGUUGAUCGACUCGAAAUGGAAAGUGGUCUGUGAAUGUACCAUGUUAAUCGUCGACAUAACGCCUCAUAUGGGUGAACACGAUCUAGAUCCUUGCAUGGCCAUCAUUUUACCUCGAGUUGUUCCCAAUUUAGGCCAUGAAGUGACCGAUGUCCGUCGAGCCUCAUUGAGACUUCUUCAUGUCUACAUGAGAUACACCAACAACCUACAAAAGGUACUUCGUCUGUACAUUCAGUACGGUCUUGAAUCGCAUGAUAAAUCGGCACAAAAAGGGUGCGUUCUUAGUUUACCACUUCUUUUUACUGAAGAAUUUUCGAAAGAGAAUCUCUUUCCCUUGGUACAAUCUUUAGGUCACCUUUUAGUUCAUUCGGAUGCUUCGUUAUUUUAUCCCAUAUUUUUGGCCAUGCAACGGCUUCACAGCCUCGUCGGGAAUGAGACCUUUCGUUUGUAUCUUCAACAUCUUUCACAGGAAACUGUUAGUCUUUAUCAAAAAGUUUUAUCUCGAGCAUCAACAGCUGAUUCGGGAGGACGACAAGAGCCCGAUCUAAUUAAAAAUGAGCCAAUCAAUGAUUGCGAUAAUGAAGGUGAAGAUAUAAUUAAAAGGGAUUCUAAUCAAGUGAAUGCAAACCAAUCAAAUGAAUCAUUUGUCCCGAUAGAAAAGUUAAUUACAACGAACGACUUACCUAAAUCAUCAUUUGGUGAAUGUGCUUUAGAUGAAAAUGAAACUUUAAUUGGUCAAGACAAUGUUGGUGGUCAAGGAGUUGAAUGUGAAAAUAUUAACGAACCACAAGAUCGAUUAAUGACCGGCGAUUCGGCAAGUGAACUCGCGUCUAAUGCAAGUGAAUGUAAAUCAAACUUCGCCAGGGAAUAUGUUCUAAUCUAUGGUAUUUUUCCGGUCGCAGUUCACAAUCGAUCGACAUCAAGCAAAAUGAACGAGAAACUCGAAGGUCUCAAUCAGAUGAUUUCAAUUCUGAAAGAAGCUCCUGAUUCUCAUGUUGCCGCUCUCAUCCCAUAUUUACCUCGAUUUUUGGACUCUUUUAUCUCGGUGACUGUUAAUAAUCCAAAUUUUAAGGUUACUUUGAUUGGUCUCGAAAUGAUUGAGUUGAUUGUUGCUCGACUUGGAGUUUCAGCUUAUCCGUGUUUAGAUACAGUGAUUGAAAUUUUAUUAAAACGUCUUGGUGAUGGACGAUCAGUGGUAAGGGAACAUGAUAUCAAGGCCAUUCAUCGACUUAUGUUACAUUGGCCUCCACAGAAUGUACUAGAUAUGCUUUUACGACAUAAAUUCAACCGAAAUCCAAAAGUUCGUGAGGAAAUAAUUAAUCGGGUCACUUUUGCCUUGUUAAUGUUUCCUCGAACUGAAUUCAAUCUUCACAGGAUAACUUAUGAAAUAUCAACAAUGUUGAUCGACCCGAAGCGACAAGUAAGACUAUCAGCCCUUGAAUCAAUCGCUGUUAUUGCUCAAGCCCUCGGACCCUCGAGACUGGACACAUUGUUAUCAACUGUUUCCGCGAUUGAACAAACAUCAGAAUCAGAAGGUCUUCUCAAUGCUGUUCAAGCUCGACUUUCACGUCGUGAUUUGCCCCGAUGUAAUCCCGAUGGCUCGUUGAGAUACGUUUUAAAUGUAUCUAAUUUUUCGGGUUGGUUUCCAUCGACAUCCGAAGCAGACAUUGAAUGGGUUCUAUUGGCCUCAUCUACAGUCCCUCACAUCGGGACACCACCCAAAUUGAAUCAUCACUAUUUAGGUCGGUUUAAUGAACAGUAUCGACGGUACACCAUGAAACAGGCCGAAGCGGAAGGUUUUCAUUUCAAAAAUCCAAACCUAUUGACAGAAAGUGAACCCGAAAGUGAUAAAAUUGAUUCUAAAUCAAAUGAACCUAAUCAAAUGUUUCAGGUCGAUGAUGAUGAUGGACAUGAUGACCAACGUCCAUUAGUAAAUUGUUUAACUUCAGAAGAUGAAAAGAGUGAACAAAGUGAUGAAUCAAUGAAAAGCCGUGAUUUAUGGCGAUACUAUUUCAUGAGAUUCAAGCAACAUUUGGCUGUAGCAACUUGUUCAAGUGCGAGCUCAGCGAUAUCAAGCCGAUCAAAAACUGCUGACUGGACAAAAAAGUUCGACCACGAACUUGAUAAAAGUUCUAGACGCAGCUCAUUCAGCCAGUUAACCGACUACAAUUCUCACCAACAUCAAGCUCAUCAUUCAUCUUACCAAAAACUUAAUUUCGAUCCAAAUACAGCUGAUCACAAUAAUCAUCCUCCCACUGGUACAGAUAAUUGUGACCAUAAUGCUGAUGAUGAAAUUGAAUCACAAAUGAGUCAAAGUUACGAUGAAUCGUUUCACAACGAUAAUAUUGGCUUAUUAGUUAACCAUCGUGAUAAUCGUGCAUUCUCAAUGCCAAGUAUAACAACGGUUGGACUCACAGAGUCUCAACCUGAACAAUCACACCAUCCUGAUACUUAUCGUCAUCACCAUCAUCAUCAUCAUCACAAUCAUCAUCUUGCUAAUCAACAUGAAAAUGAAUUUUUUUACCCAAAUAAUAGGAGAAAAAGUGUUCAAAUUUCAUCUUAUCCUCACUCAGUUCCCAGUUCACCUGAAAAACGAAAUUCAUUUCAAACAGAAUCAGAUUUUGACAUAGCCUUUGAACGACCGAGUUCAACAUUGAUACCAAGUCCACCCUGUCACAAUUACCAUGAAGAUGAUCCAGUUAAUUGUCAUGAAUCGUCUUUAAAUAUCCCAAAGAAUCAAGGAAUUGGUUCAAGAAGAGGGUCAACUAAUAUGCAAAUGGAUCCCCAAAGAUCAACUGAUGGGCAAUCAAAAGACAAUCAAGAAUCAAAAACGAAUCGACGUUCGUCAGUUUUACCAUCGGUCAGUAUUGAUCAGCCAACUGAAUCAGAGGACAAUCAAAGUGAGGAUAAAAAUGAAGGAGAUAAACAAACGAUGGUCAAGCAAAGUCUUCCAGAUGACGAAGGAAAGUCCAAUAUUAAGUGCAAUGAUAAUUGCUCUUCAAGUGAUCUACCACUUAUAAGUGAUAAGUUGACUGGUCAGCCUGAAAGUGAUCAAAGAGUCCGGUUAAAUCAAGUUGACAAAAAUGAUGAAACUAAUAGCAAGAUGAUCAAACGUACAACAGAAAAUGAUGACAAUUGUGACAAUUCAAGUUUAUCGUCAUCGAAAAGUGAUGAUAAUGAUCAGGCUAAUGAUCAAGAAGAGAUUAAACAAGAUAAUAAUGAGACUAAUCAUGAAGAUGAUAAUGAGAAUGAUGAUCAACAAACAAUUGAAAAUGAAGAUAAUACAAUUGUUGAAAAUGAACAAGUAAUCAAAACGAAUGAAGUUAAGCCAAAAUCUCAAACUCCUGGAAUGAAAAGAAAAUCAAUUCUUGUCGGAGGUCGAAAACGAGCCUCACGAAGCUCAUCUCCCAUUUAUAGACAACCACAAUAUCACAUGAUUCGAAUUCAACCAGCUAUUCCUCCGAAUGCCAAUAUUAGGCAUAUUAUGGAGAAUGUGGUCAAAACCGAAGGCUCUUUUGAUAAUCCACAGGAAGCACUGAGAGCGGCUCUGGCCGCUUUCGGGGAAGAUGCUUGGACAACCAAGGUUGAAGGAAUGCUAGCGAUCACUAGGUUAGCCUCUUUUCAUCCGUCAAUUCUACAAAAGGACUUUCACUCUGUCAUCGUUUCGUUGGUCGAUGAGGUCAAAAAUCUCAGAUCAAGUGUAUCGAGAUCAGCGAUAUUUACUUUAGGUGAUCUUUUUGGUAAAAUGAAAAAAUCUAUUGAAUCUGAGAUUGAGCUCAUCGGGUCUGCACUUUUGGCCAAAUGCUCUGAAAAUGCUUCAUUCAUUCGUGAAGAUUGUGAGAAGGCGCUAAUGUUAAUGGUGGAGGAAAUGCCACAGAUCAAAUCGGCACUUGUUCUUGUUCAUUGGGGAGCCAAUCAUCGUAAUAUGAAUGUUCGUCGAACUGCAGCUUUUUUCUUGUCAACUCUUGUUGAAAAAAUGGGACCUGUUAAAUGUCUGAUGGGUCCUAAAGACAUUGGUGAGCAUUUACUUCAAUCAUCUUCGAAGUUUCUUCAAGAUGGUUCACCGCAUACUCGAUUUUAUGGUCGCAAGAUAUUCGCUGUUUUACUUAAUCACAAUCAAUUCGAUAAAUUACUUCGUAAACACGUUACCCCGGGAACUUAUCGCAAUAUUUGUGGUAUUUUAGAAAGUAUUAAACGAAGAGGCGUGGGCGAGAAACCAGCUGACUUAACUACCCCAAUUAAACCGUAAUUAUGUUUAAAUAAAAGCACAACGUUAUAUCCACAAUUAGACCGAAUCAGCUUACAAAUUCCUUAGAUUUUAACUAUUUAACUGAUCGAGAAACGUCUUAACUGUAAGCUAAAAUUGUUUAACUUCAAUAAAAAUGUAUCACUUAUAGCCAACGAUUAUUGGAACAAUAAAAAUGUAACCAACGA